AUGGCCUGUUGUGAUUGGCGACGAGCUAUCGGAUCCCAAGAUGCUAUAUUUACCGGGGACAAAACACCAGAAGAGGCUCGUCUAGAGCGAGAAGGAUGUAUCAGGAAUCUCCAAGUGUUUCGAUACAAUCUCGACCAAAAAGAGUCAAAGGUCCAUGAUCGUGACGCCUUUGCCGACCUACUCCACUACGAAGAGGAGCUGCGAAGGAAUUGUCAAGCGGAGAUUAAGUUACGACAGAAAGGGAAGAAUGAUCCGAGUUUCUGGGGCACUGGCUCUUCAAGCUUUGAGGACGAGAUGAGCACACUCUACCAAGACAAUUGGAUGUGGACACGAGCCUGGUGGUAUGCCCGUGGUUGGAUAAUUGGUAAUUCCGGGCCCUUACAACGGGCAUUUGAGUUAUGGAGAUCCAACUCUUCGUGGUAUAUGCAUCUAGUUCUUGUUGAAGACUGCAAGUCUAGAGGCGGGUGUUGUGGUCGUGAUUGUGGAUGUUGUCUUGAUUCAACGCGCAAAUAG